ACGUCCAGGCAUUAGUCAGAGGAGGACUGAAAGCGCUGUUCAAGUAAAAGAUGAGUAAGGUAAAGAAGAAGUGACUUUUUUCACAACCCCGAGCUCUGACUCCUCCUCUGGAGAUGGUGGGGUGGUUUUUAGAGCUGACAGACCCAGACAAAUGUACAAGAGUGAAGUUACUCCAGCUUUCUCCAAACACACUUUCCAUCUCAGAAGCAGAGAAACUGCUAGGACUGCUAGGACCACCUCAGGCUCUUUUCUUUGAGAUUUAGAUUUCUCCUGUAGCUUUGAGCGCAGGUUCUUCUUGAACUGCAGAUAUUUAAGGGUGUUGGAAAAAAUAAAAUCCUCCUAAAUGCUGACAGAGCCGUGUGUUCUGAUGGGAUCGGACAUCAGAGACCUGAGCACCCUGCUUCCUGCCGUCCCGAACGCAAACUGUUCCCUGCCCGUCGGCGGAGCUCCGCAGUGGGGACCGAUGCUGGACUUUCACCCUGCCUCCCCGUACGGAUCUCUUCCCUCCCACUCUUUUAUCAAACAGGAGCCGGGCUGGGGGCCCACAGACUCCCACGAGGAUCCACACUGCGGUUUGGGGGCCUUCACCGUGCACUUCUCGGGGCAGCUGACAGGGAUGCAAGGGCCGUUUGCCGAUUCUCCGUCCAGCCAGAGUAGGAUGUUCUCCAGCGGGCCUUAUCUGCCUGGCUGCAUGGACAGCCCUCCUGCCCCGCGCUCCCAGGGUUAUGGUACAGUAGCAUUAGAUGGAGCUCCCAGUUAUGGACACACACCUGCUCACCACACUCCACCAUUCCCCAACAAUACCUUCAAACACGAGGACCCCAUGUCCCCCCAAAGCACCAUGGGUGAGCAGCAGUACUCCGUCCCACCGCCUGUCUAUGGGUGCCACAGUCCUCCGGACAGUCAGACCAUGCUUCUGACAAAUAGCUUCAACAGUGAUAAUCUCUACCAAAUGACGUCUCAGUUGGAACGUGUUACCUGGAAUCCUGUCAGCUCGCUGACACCCAGCAUAAAGAGCGGUGGUUAUGAGGCCGAAGCGCCAGCAGGAGCUCCGCUGUUGUACAACUGCAGCACUCAGUAUCACAUACACACACAUGGUGUGUUCAGAGGAGUACAGGAUGUGCGGAGAGUACCAGGCAUCGCUCCCUCCAUUAAAUCAUCAGAGAGCAGUGAGAAACGGCCUUUCAUGUGUUCUUACCCCGGCUGCAGUAAGAGAUACUUCAAACUGUCCCACCUGCAGAUGCACGGCAGGAAACACACAGGUGAGAAGCCCUACCAGUGUGACUACACAGGCUGCGGCCGCAGGUUUUCCAGAUCUGACCAGCUCAAGAGACACCAGCGCAGACACACAGGCGUCAAACCCUUUCAGUGUGAGACAUGUCAAAGAAAGUUUUCACGCUCAGACCAUCUUAAGACCCACACUCGGACUCAUACAGGUAAAACAAGUGAGAAGCCGUUCACGUGCCGCUGGCCCAGCUGUCAGAAGAAGUUCUCCCGCUCAGAUGAGCUGGUCAGACAUCACAGUAUGCAUCAGAGAAACAUGAGCAAACUCCAGCCUGCUGUUUGAGAAACUAUAAAUACACUGUAUAUAAACACACACACACACAUUGAAACACACUCAACAGUAAAGACCUGUCAGUCAGUGACUUGCACUGCUGAUCUGAUAACAUGCAUCAUAGCAUCCCUGUAAGACAUGGAACACUGCCUUUCGCUGAAGAAUGUGUCUGCAUCAUUUUGGGUCAUCUCAUGUUGUAAAUAAGUUAGCUUUUUUUUUUUACAUAUGGACGGUUGAUUGCACUGGGUAUACUUUAUACUUUUUUUCUUUAAUUGGCAAGAUGUGCUGGGCCACUUUCAUUUCUUGAUUUGGCAAAUAAACUGUGGAUGAGUGAGAAACAGCUAGUGUAAAAAUCAUACGCACUGUAAUGCCUUAGUAUAUAUUUGUAAAGUGACAAGUUGUUCCUAAAAUGCCUCUUAUAAUAAAUUACAUCAUACAUUCUCAGGAAAUGGAUUGAGUUACUAUAAAAAUAAAUGUGUGUUUUAAUGUAUAAU